AUGACUCUACCCUACAUUGUCGUCGUCGGUGGCAGCUACGUAGGUCUGAAUGCAGCACAGCAACUCGCAUCCAGUUUGAGUGACAAAUUCCAUGUCAUACUGACUGAGAAGAGAUCGCACUUCAAUCACUUGUUCGCCUUCCCCAGGUUUUCUGUAGCACAAGGCGUACAGACGCAAAAGGCAUUCAUUCCUUACGUUCCGGGUGCAUUCGUCAAUUGCCCUCCGAAUUCUGGGACAGUUCUACAGGCUCGAGUCACUACGAUUGACAGCAAUGCUGUUCAAUUGGAUAGAGAAGUUCCAUUGGAUGGCAUCAUUGCCACGGGCACUUCAUUAGUUGCACCCUCAAAUAUGAUCAGCAUAGAUAAGCAAGCCGGCGUGGCUUAUUUACAGGACCACGCCCAAAAUGUUGCGCGCAGCUCUAAAAUUAUUGUGAUCGGUGGAGGAGCGGUUGGCGUUCAAAUUGCAACUGAUAUAAAAGAGCUCUAUCCCGCUAAGUGUGCAGAGCUCGGGGUUGAAAUCAAGUUAGGAUCGCGAGUUAAACUGCCUCUAGACGGAUUUUAUCCUACAGAUGGGAGUGUUUUUGAUGUUGAGUUGGAGGAUGAAUCAUCACUGAAAGCUGAUCACGCGAUUAUUUGCACUGGCCAGACUCCACAAUCUGAUAUUAUCAAAUCUCUUUCACCAGAGUGCAUAAACCAAAAUGGGUUCAUUCAGACGUCGACAACGCUACAAAUUAGUGAUGCGAGGUAUCCCAACAUCUUCGCUAUAGGGGAUGUCGCCGAAACCGGUGCACAUAAAGCUGCAAAACCAGGCUCUAAACAGGCAGCCCUCGUUGUGAGGAAUAUCCAGCAUAUUAUAAGUAACGAACCGUUGGAAGAGUACAUACUGUCCGAACCGCCGGGCAUUCAUCUAACCCUUGGUAUUGAGAAAAGCAUUGCAUUCGGAAAUCCUAUUCCGGGCUCUUCAGAACCGUUCACGAAGCAUAGAAUCGACGGAAAGCUGGAUAUGAACAUCGAUGCUGUUUGGAUCCGUAAGGGAGGUGGCCCCGAGUCGUCUCUAUGA